AUGCAAAUACAAAGAGACAUUGACAGGGUUUUUGAGUAUGUUGGCUUCAGAUCGACUGUGCAUAAGAGAGAGUCUCUAAUGGCGCGAACAGGGCUCAAUACAGUCUACACAAUGAUGAGUCGGUGUCGCGUCUCACAGUCAUCUUCUUCAGCCUAUGGUUUCCACGAUUUCGGAAAGAUGACAUUCAAGAAGAAGAAAACGGAGGAGAAUCAAUCGGAGAAAGGAUUGAGCGGUGGUGGCAAGGGUGAUCAAGGUUAG